GUCGGCUAGCUAUUAGAAAACAAAAUGGCACACUUUCCCUCCAUCUCCAUGUCAUGAAAUGAUUAAAGUUCAAACCAGCUAUAUAUAAGAAUCUUGAGACAUAUACUACACUUCACCACCAUGCUGUGACUGUCUCAUUGGGACAAUCCAACACAAAAAAACAUAGUCCCCCCCUUCUCUCCCUUUUUAUUUUCAACACUAAACCAAACCAUACCAAAUCAAAACAACUCCAAUGAACACAAAAACCUCUCCCCAUGUUCUUGUUCCUCCUAUAACAAUUAUCCUUUUCAUUUUCAUGAUGUUCCUACAAAUCCAAACAAGUACUACUUCUUCUCUCUCAUCUCCCAAACAAAAACCUUUCAUAUUGCCUUUAAAAGUUCAAACACUACCACAUGGCACAAUUUCACUUCCAAAACCUUCUUCAAAACUCUCUUUUCAACACAAUGUAACCUUAACAGUUUCACUAACACUAGGCUCACCCCCACAGAAUGUUACCAUGGUCCUCGACACAGGGAGUGAACUCUCAUGGCUUCAUUGCAAAAAACUUCCAAAUUUAAACUCCAUUUUCAACCCUCUACUUUCUUCUUCUUACACCCCCACCCCAUGCACCUCACCCAUUUGCAUUACCCGAACCCAAGACUUCCCCGUACCUGUUCAAUGCGACCCGAAGAAACUCUGCCACGCUACAAUCACCUAUGCUGACUCCACCUACAUCGAAGGAAACCUCGCCACUGAGACUUUCUUCGCCGGUGGAUCAGCACAACCCGGAACCAUAUUCGGGUGUAUGGAUUCCGGGUUCAGCUCAAAUUCAAACGAGGACUCCAAAACAACCGGGUUAAUGGGUAUGAACCGUGGGUCUCUCUCAUUUGUAACCCAAAUGGGAUUACCCAAAUUCUCCUAUUGCAUCUCCGGCAAAGACUCCACCGGCGUUUUACUCUUCGGCGACGCGAAUAUCAAGUGGGUCGGGCCAUUGAAAUACACACCAAUGGUAAAAAUCACAACCCCAUUACCCUAUUUCGAUCGAGUCGCAUACACAGUACGACUCGAGGGAAUACGGGUCGGGAAGAAGCUGCUCCAAUUACCCAAAACAAUUUUCGCACCGGAUCAUACCGGUGCGGGUCAGACAAUGGUGGAUUCGGGUACACAGUUCACGUUUCUUUUGGGACCGGUUUACAGUGCUUUAAGACAAGAAUUUGUAGAACAAACAAAAGGAGUGUUGACCCUUUUGGAAGACACAAAUUUUGUCUUCCAAGGUGCAAUGGAUUUGUGUUACCGUAUCGGGUCGGGUUCGGUUCUUCCAACGUUACCGGCGGUGACACUUGUGUUUGAAGGGGCGGAGAUGAGUGUUUCAGGUGAGAGACUAUUAUAUAAAGUUGCUGACGUGGCAUUAAAAGGGAAUAAUAAUCAUAGUAAUGAUUUGGUAUAUUGUUUCACGUUUGGAAAUUCAGAUUUGUUGGGAAUUGAGGCAUAUAUUAUUGGACAUUAUCAUCAAAUGAAUGUGUGGAUGGAGUUUGAUUUGGUCAACUCUAGAGUUGGAUUUGCUGAUACAAAAUGUGAACUUGCAAGUCAACGACCAGGUAUGUAGGUUUUUUGUGUUGUGUUUGUUAAGUUAAGUCAUUGGCCUUUUUUUGGAUUCUUUAGGACAAUCUUCAAACACAUCAUGGAUCUGUGUGUGGCAGAUAGGUUAGGUAAAUACUUCAUACCAGUUGUACUAGUUUUGUUGUUUUAUUAUUGAUUUCUUGUUAGUUAGUGUUAAAGACAAUUUCAAAUUUCUUUUGUCCUAAUGUUAAUGAUGAUGAUAUUUAUCUAUGGGCAAUUGUAUAGUUUACUCAAGUUGAGGGUGUCAUAGUAUUGGUAAAUUGUAGUGAUAAUAAUUUUUAGAAUUUAGUGUAACCACAAUAAUUGUAUUGUAUCAAGCUGUCAUUGAAAGGGAUUUUUAUAUGGACUUUCUUUGGUAAA